UUAAAAUCAUCUGUGUCACAGGGGCGUUUGGUAUUUUAAGUUGAAAUCACAGAAAGAAUUGUGUCAUCUCAUUUAAGGUUGCAAUUGCUAAAUAUACCCGUAUCGAAGUGAAAUUUCGUCAUUUUAUAAAUAUCUUACUAAUUCCAACCAUGACGGAAGAAACAAACUGGAAGAGACCAUCGGAAGUGAUGAAAAUACACCGCAGAAGAAAGUCUGUGUCACAGAGGCGCAUAAAAGUUGAUGCAGACCAAAGAACAAGUGUCAUUUAUAAAUCUCCAUCAAAAUCAACCAAAAGAAAGAACCCAUUUUACAAAGACAGUCCCCAUCCUUUUGCUAGUAAAAGAAUUCACCUGGAUAACGAGAAGCCACUUGAUGACCCGCUCAGUUGCCAGCUUUUUGAUAUUUUGGACUCUGCAAAUGAGGAUGAAAAAAAUACAUCAAGAAGUGAUUCACAUCCUGGAUUGAGCCCUAGAAAACCACUUGAGACAAUAUCAGAGAAUGAGUGUUUCAAAAAAGAAAUUAAGGAAGAAAAGACACAAGCAGAAGCACCCAAGCCUAAGCUAGAUGAGACGGGAGCCCAGCCGUACCUGCCGGUUGACUGGUGCCUCAAGUCUAAGCUGCGUGUCGUAUCAAGCCGACCCCUGGACUGGUGUGUGCAACUCAAGUCUGCAGAUGAAGCUCAAGGAGUAAUGGACUUUGUUCACGAUACAGAUUCAAAGGCUGGUGGUGAGGUAGAGAGGAAGCGAGGGUUCCAGCAAGCAUGCAUGUACUGGCUGCACCCAAACAUUCCUUGGAUGAAACCCUUUCCAAGGAUUGUCGAGGACUCCAAGGCCAGUCUGUCGGUGUCUUACCUGCUUCAAGAAGAUGUCCAGAAAAACCUCCAUGCCGACUGGGAACAGAGUUUCUCCUCAGUGUACCAGCAGUUAAGGUGUGGACUGUGUCCCUACUUCUACCUGUGCACUCACCAGUUUACAGUGCUGUUCUACAGGAGAGAGGGCAACCAGUCUGGGCUUGUUGCCUUGCUCACACCAACAACACGUGGGUUCCGGGAGUCUCUGGAGAAUGAAGGUAUUGAGUUCAGCUUGCCUGUGGUGAAGCAGCAGCAGCAGAUUCCUGGUCGUUCAUCAGGGAAGAAUAAACAACACGCAACCAGUGACCCACUGACAGAUGACGCCUGUGAGGGAAACAAGGAAAAAGUGGAAGAUGAUGAGCUCUCAGAUGGAGAUGAUGCUGCCUCAGGCUGGCUGGAGAGUAUGGGGCUGGAUAAGAAACAAUUCCCUACUCUUGACCCUAAAAAGGUCAAACUCCAGCGUGAAGGGUACCGAGUAAUUGACAAUCGGCCUGAGUCCCUGGUUGCCAUAGAGGGGGGAAACAUUCAGGCUUUCUUCAACUUUCUCUUGAACUGCCGUACCUGCACGGCAACUAGUGGCACUCAGGCGGGUCUCCCACCCACAAUACUGUGCCCUCAACCAUUUAAGGGAGCAACACUAAAGUCCCUCAAGACGAAGCACACGGCUGUGAAGCAGAGUGACGGUGAUGGUAACAUCACGAGCGCCCACAUUGUGGAGAUUGGGGGGCCCAUCCUGCCCCACCACACCCAACAGCUUGUCUCCCUCAUCCAUACCACCCAGGCACAGGACUUUGGCAUGGUCUUCCACAACCAUGACCCAACCGUACCCUUCAAUGUUCUACCAACAUUAGUUGGCACUGAAAACGAGAUGGAACAAAGUCCGGUGGAGUCCGGUGAAUGUGAGAAAGUAAAAGACAUCUUGGAAGUUGAUGACAUGGGCAAUAAUGAUUCUAGUCAUGUGAAUAAUUGUGAUGACAACUCAUUAACAAUCCUCGACAGUUCAAGCAGUAAUCAUAACAAUCAUUUGAGUAAAUCUUCAGAGGAGAAGACAAAUACCAGUGUAAUAACUGAGAAAUUGUUCAGAAAUGUUCCAAUAGCAGAUAAAGUGAGUGCUAUGAAAGAGGUUAUUUGUACCCCAAAUGGUUUCACAUGGAAUUAGUUCUCACCGAUGUGCCCUGUGUGUUCACUAGUUAUUUUGAUCUCAUUGUAUAUUGAAAUUUUUAUGCCCACGAAGGGUGGCAUAUAUUUAUUGCCCCAUCCAUCCGUAUGUCCACCUGUCCUGCCGACUUUUCAUAUUAACUAGGGACUAUUUUUUUGUGAAAUUAUGCAAUUGCAUUAAAUAUGGUCUGGUCUCCACCUUUAUGGUCUAGUCCCACCAUUACUUUUUGAUCCAUCCGGUGAAUUUUAACUCACUGUGUAACUAAUAAAGUCACAACUUAGAGUUUAUUUGGUGAAGUUAUGCAUUUACAUAUGAUCUAGUCUAAACUAUUACAUUUUCAUUCAUAUGACUAAUUUAAAAUAUCUAGCACGAAAGAUCACCAUAUGAAAAUGCAGUCUAACUUCAAAGAUCAAGGUGACUCUUACUGGUUUGUUGUACAUUGUUGGUGACAUAUGUCACUCAUAAGAUACAGCUUGAGAAAAAAAUCCUCAUUGCAAACCCUGUGUUCUUUCCUUCAUGUCAUAUAGGUCUAUAUAUAAUCAUCAGUACAAACCCUUUGUUCUUUCUGUUUAUGUCGUCUAGGUCUAUAUAUAAUCAUCAGUUCAAACCCUGUUUUCUUUCCUUCAUGUCGUCUAGGUCUAUAUAUAAUCAUCAGUACAAACCCUGUAUUCUUUCCUUCAUGUCGUCUAGGUCUAUAUAUAAUCCUCAUUGCAAACCCUGUGUUCUUUCCUUCAUGUCGUCUAGGUCUAUAUAUAAUCAUCAGUACAAACCCUUUGUUCUUUCUGUUUAUGUCGUCUAGGUCUAUAUAUAAUCAUCAGUACAAACCCUGUUUUCUUUCCUUCAUGUUGUCUAGGUCUAUAUAUAAUCCUCAGUACAACCCCUGUGUUCUUUCUAUUUAUGUCGUCUAGGUCUAUACAUAAUCAUCAGUUCAAACCCUGUUUUCUUUCCUUCAUGUCAUAUAGGUCUAUACAUAAGCAUCAGCACAAACCCUGUGUUCUUUCUGUUCAUGUCGUCUAGGUCUAUACAUAAUCAUCAGUACAAACCCUGUGUUCCUUGUCCAUGUCGUAUAGGUCUAUAUAAAGUAAAACUGCGGUCGUUUGAACAGGCGGUUGUUCAAAAACCAGCAGUCCUUUGAGGUCAAAGUUUAAUCCCGAACAUUUUUCCUUCUAUUUUCAUAUAAAAUUUGCUGACACUGCAUCGAAACCUAAAUAUGUCGAGGAGUCAAGCACCAUAACCAUUCCCAAAAGCACAUAUCAUGCACAAAACCUUAUGACUCCCUUGAGGUCAUAAUUUCACACAUGAGCCCGAACGCCUGUUUCAAAAUAAACAAACAAUGGCUAGGUAUUAUAUUUUUUCGCAAGUUGUAAAAAUUGCAGACAGUUGAAAGGAAAUUUGAUAGGGUGUGAAAAACGGUUUGUCACUGUUAACGUAUGACUGCUAUUAGACGACUUCAAACUUAAAAUACACUGAAAGACAUUUCAUAACAGACUGGGAAAUUGAAACUUGAGCGGUUCAGAAGCCAGUUUUAGCUCGGACCCCGGUGUCCUCGACCGAUCACAGUUUUACUGUAUAUUCAUUAGUACAAACCCUAUGUUCCUUUGUCCAUGUGGUAAAGGUCUAUAUAAAGAUUAUGUUUUAUGUAUCAUAGAAAUAUUAUAAUCUUAUUAUGAAAAUAAAAGUGAGAGUUUA